GUUGUCCUUUCUCCUGAGCUAGCAAUGGCUAGUGAAGACAAUCGUGUCCCUUCCCCACCACCAACAGGUGAUGAUGGGGGAGGUGGAGAGAAAGAAGAGCCCCCUGCGGACCGGGGUGCCUUGUCCCUGAAGCCAGGGCUCCCCAUCAGGGGCAUCCGGAUGAAGUUUGCCGUGCUGACGGGCUUGGUGGAAGUUGGCGAAGUGUCCAAUAGGGAUAUUGUAGAAACUGUCUUUAACCUGCUGGUAGGAGGGCAGUUUGAUUUGGAGAUGAAUUUCAUUAUCCAAGAAGGUGAGAGUAUCAGCUGCAUGGUAGACCUCCUGGAGAAAUGUGACAUUACCUGUCAAGCAGAAGUCUGGAGCAUGUUUACUGCCAUUCUGAAGAAGAGCAUACGGAAUCUACAGAUCUGUACAGAAGUUGGCCUUGUUGAACAAGUUCUUGGGAAAAUAGAAAAAGUUGAUAGUAUGAUUGCAGAUCUUUUAGUUGACAUGUUGGGAGUGCUGGCUAGCUAUAAUCUGACAGUUCGAGAACUAAAGCUUUUCUUCAGUAAACUUCAAGGAGAUAAAGGACAAUGGCCCCCACAUGCUGGGAAGUUGCUGUCUGUGCUGAAGCAUAUGCCUCACAAGUAUGGUCCUGAUGCCUUUUUCAACUUUCCCGGGAAGAGUGCUGCAGCUAUUGCAUUACCUCCAAUAGCCAAAUGGCCAUACCAGAAUGGUUUUACAUUUCAUACCUGGCUUAGACUGGAUCCUGUAAAUAACAUCAAUGUAGAUAAGGAUAAACCAUAUUUGUAUUGUUUCAGAACCAGCAAAGGUCUUGGUUACUCUGCUCAUUUUGUUGGAGGCUGUUUGAUUAUAACUUCAAUAAAAUCUAAAGGAAAAGGUUUUCAACACUGUGUGAAGUUUGACUUUAAGCCACAAAAGUGGUAUAUGGUGACUAUUGUGCACAUUUAUAACCGUUGGAAGAACAGUGAGCUUCGGUGUUAUGUGAAUGGUGAAUUGGCUUCCUAUGGAGAGAUAACAUGGUUUGUCAACACCAGUGAUACCUUUGACAAGUGUUUUCUGGGCUCAUCCGAAACAGCAGAUGCUAAUAGAGUAUUCUGUGGCCAGAUGACUGCAGUUUACCUUUUCAGUGAUGCUCUAAAUGCAGCUCAGAUAUUUGCUAUUUACCAAUUGGGUCUAGGAUACAAGGGCACAUUUAAGUUCAAAGCAGAAAGUGACCUUUUCCUUGCUGAGCAUCACAAACUUCUGCUAUAUGAUGGCAAACUCUCGAGUGCCAUUGCCUUCACCUACAAUCCACGGGCCACAGAUGCCCAGCUGUGCCUUGAAUCGUCUCCCAAGGACAAUCCUUCCAUUUUUGUUCAUUCACCACAUGCACUCAUGCUUCAGGAUGUAAAGGCAGUUUUAACACAUUCCAUUCAAAGUGCCAUGCAUUCAAUCGGUGGAGUACAAGUGCUGUUCCCCCUUUUUGCACAGCUAGAUUAUAGGCAACAUUCAUCUGAGGAGGUUGACUUGACUGUCUGUUCAACCCUGCUGGCUUUUGUCAUGGAGCUGUUGAAGAACUCAAUUGCUAUGCAGGAGCAGAUGCUUGCCUGUAAGGGCUUCUUAGUCAUAGGAUAUAGUCUCGAAAAGUCUUCCAAAUCCCAUGUCAGCAGAGGAGUACUUGAACUUUGCCUUGCGUUUUCAAAGUAUCUUAGCAAUCUACAUGAUGGGAUGCCCCUACUCAAGCAGUUGUGUGACCACAUUCUUCUUAAUCCUGCCAUAUGGAUUCAUACCCCAGCCACGGUUCAGGUGAUGCUUUAUACUUAUCUGUCCACUGAAUUCAUCGGGACUGUCAACAUAUAUAAUACCAUCCGGAGAGUGGGAACAGUGCUUCUCAUCAUGCACACGCUGAAGUACUACUACUGGGCAGUGAACCCUCAGGAUCGAAGUGGGAUCACACCCAAAGGAUUAGAUGGCCCACGACCUAAUAAAAAAGAAAUACUAUCUCUACGAGCAUUCUUGUUGAUGUUCAUUAAGCAGUUAGUGAUGAAGGAUUCUGGAGUAAAGGAAGAUGAACUGCAGGCCAUUCUUAAUUACCUACUAACUAUGCAUGAGGAUGACAAUCUAAUGGAUGUUAUACAGCUACUUGUUGCACUAAUGUCAGAACAUCCUAACUCUAUGACUCCUGCUUUUGACCAAAGGAAUGGGUUACGUGUUAUCUACAAACUUCUGGCAUCAAAAAGUGAAGGAAUCAGAGUACAAGCUCUCAAGGCAUUGGGCUAUUUUUUAAAACAUCUGGCUCCAAAGAGAAAAGCUGAAGUUAUGCUUGGGCAUGGAUUGUUCUCAUUGCUAGCUGAGCGACUCAUGCUUCAGACAAAUCUAAUCACAAUGACCACAUAUAAUGUUCUUUUUGAGAUUCUUAUAGAGCAGAUUUGUACUCAGGUGAUUCACAAACAACAUCCAGAUCCUGAUUCUUCAGUAAAGAUACAGAAUCCUCAGAUAUUAAAAGUAAUUGCAACCCUGCUUCGAAAUUCUCCCCAGUGCCUGGAGAGCAUGGAAGUCCGCCGAGCCUUUCUUUCUGACAUGAUUAAACUUUUUAAUAACAGUAGAGAAAACAGGAGGAGCUUGCUACAGUGUUCUGUGUGGCAAGAGUGGAUGCUUUCUCUCUGCUAUUUUAAUCCUAAGAAUUCAGAUGAGCAGAAGAUAACAGAAAUGGUGUAUGCCAUAUUCAGAAUCCUACUUUACCAUGCAGUCAAAUACGAGUGGGGUGGUUGGCGUGUGUGGGUUGACACCUUAUCGAUUACACAUUCAAAGGUCACUUUUGAAAUACACAAAGAAAACCUUGCCAGUCUGUUUAGGGAACAGCAGGGGAGAGUUGGUGAAGAGAUAGGUCCAUGUUCUUCAAGUUCAGUUCACGAAGUCACUGACAUUGUCAGUGAUGUGGAUGCAUCAGUGGGUUCCCAACAAUCAGAUACGAAGGAUUCUUCUGUCUCUCAUUUAAUUAGAAACAGUGAUGAAAACUCAAGUAUUGGGAAGACGAGUUCCAUAGACUGUACAUCCAACACUGAACUGCAAAUGCAUAAUACAGCUAAUGAAGACAGACAAACAGUGCAAGAAAAUGAGGAGUCACUAGAUGAAGCCACUUUGGAAGAAACACAAACAAAUGAAACAGAGAACAUAGGAGACUUAGAAGCAUCUUCUGAGUUGGUAGAGUCUGGGACUGUUGACUCUAAUUCUUUAAAAAUUGCCAGUAAAGACACAGUGACCAUCAGUGAACUAACUGCUUCCAUAAGUUCACCUUCUGAAGAGGAUGCUGCAGAGAUGCCAGAGUUACUUGAAAAGUCUGUAGGAGAAGAGGAAGAAGAUGAUUAUGUAGAACUCAAGAUGGAGAGCAGUCAUACUGAGGUAUCCACCUUGUCUACAGAGCUCCAAAGUAAUGGUUUGUCUCCAGAUGCUUCAGAGGCCAGUGAGAAACCAGACCUGUUUCUUGAUGACCGUGAAUUAAUAUGUCAAGAGGAAGAACCUGAAACAAAAAAGCACAGUGAUAAUGAAAUUCAGGAUUCUGAAGAUUCUGGGCUCCUCACCAUGGCAGUAUCAGGAUCUUCAGCUGCCUCACCUGAACCUGCUCUUUCCCAAACAACAGUACAGGCAGACAGUAGUCAGCUGCUGGAGGGCAGGAAGAAAAGUGCUUAUCUUACUGGAGAAGCCAAAUCAACUAGUGAUUAUCAUGAUAAUGCCUCUGAGACCCCUGUUGCUUCUGAGCAAAAGAUUGUCAGGUUGGAUGUGUCCAAUGUUGCUACAGAUACUGAGAAGCUGGAACUAAAGGCCAGCACAAACAUGGAGUCACCUCAGCCUCAUAGACCUGCGCUUGAGGUGUCAAAGCAGCAGGAGCAGCCAGGGCAAGGAACAGCAUCAGAUGCAUCUGAUGGACAAAGGAGGGACUCCAGAUCUGCUAUGUUUCGUAUUCCAGAGUUCAAGUGGUCUCAAAUGCAUCAACGUUUGCUUACUGAUCUCUUAUUUUCCAUAGAAACAGAUAUACAGAUGUGGAGAAGCCAUUCAACAAAGACAGUUAUGGACUUCGUGAAUAGCAGCGAUAAUGUCAUCUUUGUACACAACACGAUUCAUCUCAUCUCUCAAGUGAUGGACAAUAUGGUCAUGGCUUGUGGGGGGAUACUGCCAUUGCUUUCAGCUGCGACAUCGGCUACACACGAGCUGGAGAAUAUCGAACCUACUCAAGGUCUUUCAGUAGAAGCCUCUGUGACAUUUUUGCAGAGGUUGAUUAGCCUUGUGGAUGUGCUUAUAUUUGCAAGUUCUCUUGGCUUUACUGAAAUUGAAGCUGAAAAAAAUAUGUCAUCUGGAGGAAUUUUACGACAGUGUCUCCGACUGGUGUGUGCAGUGGCAGUGAGGAACUGCUUAGAGUGUCAGCAGCAUUCACAGCUGCAAGCCCGAGGUGAUGCGGCAAAAGGCCUGAAAACAGCACACAGCCUGCUUCCUGGAGUGAGAUCUGCAGCAAAGAGUCCAGUGGAUAUUGUGACAGGUGGCUUAUCUCCAGUAAGAGACCUUGACAGACUUUUGCAAGACAUGGACAUCAACCGCCUGAGGGCUGUUGUUUUCAGAGACAUUGAGGACAGCAAACAGGCUCAGUUCUUAGCCUUGGCUGUUGUAUACUUUAUCUCUGUUCUUAUGGUCUCCAAGUAUAGAGACAUUUUAGAACCCCAGAAUGAGAGGUGUAGCCCUUCACUGAAAGAAACUGGUACUGAAAAUGGGAAUGUCUCACUCUCUGAUGUAGAAAACGCACCAGUGGCCUUCAGUCCUUUGACUCUGCCAGCCAAAGAGGAAUUGGUGGAAAGUGCAUCGUCUUCUCGCAGAAGGGACUCAGGCAUUGGGGAGGAAGCAGCUUCUUGUCUGGGGAGAAGGAGUAGCACGCAUGUUCCUUCUCCAGCAGCACCUUCCAGUGUCAGCGCAGGCCCUGAUGCAAUCAGUGAGGUGCUGUGCACUCUUUCUUUAGAAGUCAAUAAAUCUCAGGAAUCCAAAAAUGAUGGAGGAAAUGAGUUGGAUAACAGUGCGACACCAGCAAUUCCAGCUUCUAAAAACGUCAAUGUGAAGGACAUCCUGCGGAGCCUGGUGAACAUCCCAGCAGAUGGAGUCUCGGUGGAUCCUGUCCUCCUGCCGCCAUCCUGCCUUGGUGCUCUUGGUGAUCUGUCUGCGGAGCAACCUGUGCAGUUCAGGUCUUUUGACAGAAGUGUCGUCAUUGCAACAAAAAAAUCAACAGUCUUACCAUCCACACUUGCUACCAGUGUACCUACCAAUGCUCUGAGUGUGGUUUCUUCAGCAGAGUCCGCCCAGACCUCCCUGGUGGGCAGGGACUCACCAGGCAGUAGGCCAUCUAAUGCAAACUUGCCCUCAGUUCCCACAGUUGGUUCUGUUCUCCAAGACCCAGUCUCAAAUAUGAGUAUUACAGAUAGACUCGAACAUGCUUUGGAAAAGGCAGCUCCUCUUCUGCGAGAGAUUUUUGUGGAUUUUGCACCUUUUCUUUCUCGGACACUUCUGGGUAGCCAUGGACAAGAACUGCUUAUUGAAGGAACAAGUCUGGUUUGCAUGAAGUCUAGUAGUUCAGUUGUGGAGUUGGUUAUGCUACUGUGUUCUCAGGAGUGGCAGAAUUCUAUUCAGAAGAAUGCAGGCCUUGCUUUUAUUGAACUUGUCAAUGAAGGAAGGUUGCUUAGCCAAACAAUGAAGGAUCAUCUAGUGAGAGUAGCAAAUGAAGCUGAAUUUAUUCUGAGCAGACAGAGAGCUGAGGAUAUUCACAGACAUGCGGAGUUUGAGUCUCUGUGUGCCCAGUAUUCUGCAGACAAGCGAGAAGAGGAAAAGAUGUGUGAUCAUUUGAUAAGAGCAGCUAAAUAUCGAGACCAUGUGACAGCAACUCAGCUAAUCCAGAAAAUUAUCAACAUUCUUACAGACAAGCAUGGCGCCUGGGGAAAUUCCACAGUGAGUCGUCCUCGUGAGUUCUGGCGCCUCGACUACUGGGAGGAUGACUUGCGGCGCCGGCGACGGUUUGUGCGCAACCCUCUAGGAUCGACACAUCCUGAAGCGACACUAAAAACAGCCCUGGAACAUGCUGCAGAUGAAGAUAUCCUUGCUAAAGGAAAACAGUCCAUCAGGAGCCAGCCUUUAGGAAAUCAGAGCUCAGAAAACGAGAUCCUCCUGGAAGGCGAUGAUGAUACUCUAUCAUCCGUGGAAGAGAAAGAUUUAGAGAAUCUUGCCGGUCCUGUUAGCUUGAGCACACCGGCUCAGCUUGUGGCCCCUUCUGUUGUAGUAAAGGGCACUCUUUCGGUCACUUCCUCUGAACUGUAUUUUGAGGUAGAUGAAGAGGAUCCUAACUUCAAGAAAAUGGACCCCAAGAUCUUGGCUUAUACAGAAGGGCUACACGGAAAAUGGCUUUUCACAGAGAUACGAUCUGUCUUUUCUCGCCGCUACCUUUUGCAGAAUACAGCGCUGGAGAUCUUUAUGGCAAACAGAGUUGCUGUAAUGUUCAACUUCCCAGACCCUGCAACAGUAAAGAAAGUGGUAAAUUAUCUACCGCGUGUUGGUAUUGGAACCAGUUUUGGAUUGCCUCAAACCAGACGUAUUUCACUAGCUAGCCCACGUCAGCUUUUUAAAGCUUCCAACAUGACCCAGCGAUGGCAACAUAGAGAGAUUUCCAAUUUUGAGUACUUGAUGUUUCUCAACACUAUAGCAGGCCGGGGUUAUAAUGACUUAAAUCAGUAUCCUGUGUUUCCCUGGGUCAUCACUAACUAUGAGUCAGAAGAACUGGAUCUUACCUUGCCAAGCAACUUCAGAGAUUUGUCUAAGCCAAUAGGAGCUUUGAAUCCAAAAAGAGCAGCAUUCUUUGCAGAACGUUUUGAAUCAUGGGAAGACGAACAAGUUCCAAAGUUCCACUAUGGUACUCAUUAUUCAACUGCAAGUUUUGUUCUUGCAUGGCUGCUAAGAAUAGAACCUUUUACAACUUAUUUCCUAAAUUUGCAAGGAGGAAAAUUUGAUCAUGCAGAUAGAACUUUUUCAUCAGUUUCCAGAGCGUGGCGAAACAGUCAGCGUGACACUUCUGAUAUUAAGGAGCUGAUUCCUGAAUUUUAUUAUCUUCCUGAGAUGUUUGUCAACUUCAAUAAUUAUAAUCUUGGAGUGAUGGAUGAUGGGACAGUAGUGUCUGAUGUUGAACUUCCUCCUUGGGCCAAAACCUCUGAAGAAUUUGUUCGCAUAAACAGAUUGGCUCUGGAGAGUGAAUUUGUUUCCUGCCAGCUUCACCAGUGGAUCGACCUCAUUUUUGGCUAUAAACAGCAAGGGCCAGAAGCCGUGCGAGCCCUCAACGUGUUCUAUUACCUGACUUAUGAGGGCGCGGUCAGCCUGAACUCAAUAACUGAUCCUGUGUUGAGAGAGGGUGUGGAAGCUCAAAUCCGAAGUUUUGGACAGACUCCAUCUCAGCUGCUCAUUGAGCCCCAUCCUCCCAGAGGCUCGGCCAUGCAGGCGUAUCUCCUCCUGCAGAGCCCCUUGAUGUUCACAGACCAAGCCCAGCAGGAUGUUAUCAUGGUCCUGAAGUUCCCUUCCAACUCCCCGGUCACCCACGUGGCAGCCAACACCCAGCCUGGCUUGGCAGCUCCCGCUGUGAUCACAGUUACUGCGAAUAGGCUCUUUGCUGUGAACAAGUGGCACAACCUUCCUGCUCAUCAAGGUGCUGUACAAGACCAGCCAUACCAGCUGCCAGUGGAAAUCGAUCCUCUCAUAGCCAGCAAUACAGGAAUGCACAGGAGGCAAAUCACUGACCUUUUAGACCAAAGUAUUCGUGUCCAUUCCCAGUGCUUUGUUAUCACCUCCGACAACCGCUACAUUCUCGUCUGUGGCUUCUGGGAUAAGAGUUUCCGCGUCUACUCUACAGACACAGGAAAAUUGAUCCAAGUGGUGUUUGGUCACUGGGAUGUCGUCACUUGCCUCACUCGUUCUGAGUCCUACAUUGGGGGAAAUUGCUACAUUCUCUCAGGGUCACGUGAUGCAACCCUGCUGCUGUGGUACUGGAAUGGAAAAAGCAGCGGGAUUGGAGAUAACCCCGGCAGUGAGCCCACCACCCCUCGGGCCAUCCUGACAGGCCACGACUAUGAGAUCACGUGUGCAGCCGUCUGUGCAGAGCUGGGUCUGGUGUUAAGUGGCUCUCAAGAAGGACCAUGCCUCAUACAUUCCAUGAAUGGAGACCUGCUGAGAACCCUGGAGGGUCCGGAAAACUGCCUGAGACCAAAACUCAUCCAGGCUUCCCGAGAGGGCCACUGCGUCAUCUUCUACGAGCACGGCCACUUCUGUGCAUUCAGCGUGAACGGCACCCUCCAGGCCAGCGUGGGCACGGACGAUAACAUCAGGGCCAUGCAGCUGAGCCGGGAUGGGCAGUACCUGCUCACAGGAGGAGACAGCGGUGUGGUGAGGGUGUGGCAGGUGUCUGACCUCAGGCAGCUCUUUGCCUACCCAGGCUGCGACGCAGGAAUCCGAGCCAUGGCCCUCUCUUACGACCAGAGGUGCAUCAUUUCCGGCAUGGCUUCGGGAAGCAUCGUCCUGUUCUACAAUGACUUCAACCGGUGGCAUCACGAAUACCAAACCCGCUACUGAGGGGACCCCCUCCGUCAGCCCUGCGCAGGGGAGGACCCCAGCUACCACACCUGAAUGUAACUUAAAUUUGCUUGACUGAGCAAAAUAUUUUUAAAAUGUAAUUGCUAUUUUUGUAGACUUUGCUUGACUUUGGGGGGGGACAGCAAAGCAGAAACUGAUUGCUGGGUUCUGUAGUUUAAAAAAAUUCUAUAUUUUUAGUCAUAAUGAGAACUCUAUUUUCACCAAUUAUGGAAACCAUACAGUGGAGCAAAUAAGCCCACUGUUCUAGCUAUAUUCUGAGAAAUACAUUUCCCAUGGACCUGUAAUCUUGAGAAUUUUCACAGCAGGGAAAUGAGUUCUAAUACUGGGGUGGGGAAUUUUAUGCUGUACUUUCAGUUCUGUAUUUUUCCAAACAAUUGUGUUUCUUUAAUGUUAAAAUUUCUGGGAUUUAAAUAGUAAUGUUUAAAUUAUGACAAAUGUAAAUUAAACUAUCUCGAAGUAUUUCUAUAUUCUUCUUCUUCAAGCAUGUUUUAGGCCUAGAAAGUGAUGCUUUAGGGGAGCCUGUUCUUCUGUGUGGUAAACAAAGGAUCUAAGUUCUAGCAAGUGUGAACUAGCUGUCGUUUUUCCUGAUCUGUCACCCUCAUAGCACAAGAUGAAAGGAUGGAAAUGUUCUGGCCUUGCAGCCUUGGCUUUCUCAGAAAGUCGUGUGAGCACCAAAGCUGCUCCUGACUUCCCUACUGAGCCACCUCUCCCUUCCUUUUGAUUAGUGAUUUGUACCAAGACACAACGUUCUUUUGGUGUUGUAUAAUUCUGCUUUUCUAGUCGAUUGCUGUAUGGGACUCUGUGAAAAAAUAUCUGAGAUGAGGUCUGUAUUACAGAAAUAAACUCUUUGUAUGUUGUGAA